AUGGAGCCAAUUUCACUUUUAAUCGCUUCUUUCCACAAGGAACUUUCUAGUGAAGUCACAGCUUCGUGGAAAGUAGCGGCGGCAGCAGCAGCAGCGGCAGCAGCAGCAGCAGCAGCGGCAGCUGCCUUCUACCCAUAUCUGAAUUUCGGAGAAGGGACUGAUGGAACAGGUGGAGGAGGAGGAGGAGCUGCCACCAACUACACGACAGCGGCAGUUGGACAAGGGUAUGGUGUGCAGUACCCACACCACCUCUUCCAGUACUCAGCAGCAGCAGCAGCCAUGAACUCAACUGGUGGCGCCUACGGUCCACAUCACUAUGCUGCUCCUGUUUCUCUUGCACCCACUCCUCCUUUGCAAUCAGGCGUGACGAUGGCUCUCCAUGCACCAAUGCCUCAUCGUUGAGAGAUUCAUUGGAUUUUGAACUUACCUACUCCAGUCUGAGUACUCCUUGAUCAUCAGAAGGAUCUGAAAAACCUUUGGCCUAACCAUGGUUCUCUUUUUUCAUCUCUCUCUUUUCUUUCUCUCUCUCUCAUGGAGCUGGAGGUCCAUGCUUCACAUUUGGGCAUGCAUUAUUACCACACAUAAAAGCUCCCCAUAGGGGCUAAAUGUUUGGAAACAAUGUUUUUUAUAUCUUCCCUAUUGCUUUUGCUUCUCUUGGAAGGAAAGGUUCCAACAAGAGAACCAAAUUAAGCAAGUGCAUGUGCAUGUUGUUGUUACCAACUUCAAGAGCUAAGUUGGUCACAUACUUCUCUCUAACUUUGGCCUUGGAAAGGCCAAGCAAACACACAGUUCAAAAGGCUAGCCCUGGAAAGGCUAAGUAAGCACUUAAAUGGCUCACUGGAAAGAAAAAAAAAAUG